UCAUCCGUCAACUUGUGUCUGGUGCGCGUAGGAAUUUCCACGGGUUGUCAUAUGAAAAGCUUCCGUGCCUCCCGGUUCCGGGACAAAAUCGAUGAUGAGCAAACGCAACUGUCACAAUCUGACAAUUGAGUGGUGGUGUGAUCGCUGGUCGUGUUUUUCUUUUACUUGAGUUAAUCUUUCCAAAAUAAUCACAGAAAAGUGCUCAGAAAGUAUUCGCUUUUGCGUAGAAUUAGUAAUAUGGUCUGAACUCGACUUGGGAGCGAAGUGAAACUGUGUCCAGCUAGCACACAACCAUUGAAAACUCCACAUAAUGCCUCCCACACCAAAAAAUUACCGCAAUUCGGUAGAAGCUGAACUUAACCACCAUGCGUAUAUGUCAAAUUAUCAAAACAUUCUGGAACAGGGCCAUGCCCCAGUCAUGACAAAAGAAUACAAACCCAAACUUCCACGAACUUUUGACAAGUAUCUCACACCGGACGAACUGAAGACCGUGGUAUUCAACAAUCCACGUAUCCAACUGUUAUUGGAAAGUAUGGCGUCCAAUUCGAAGCAAACUCGUAAGGAAGUCGAUAAAAAGGCCAAAGAAAUUCUCAAUGAAAUCGGACUUGCCCGGAAUCUGGCUAUGAUCCGAUGGGCUGGAAUGUGCAUCACAACAAUUGGAAGACGAAUAUUGAGUGGAGUCUAUGUCAAUGAGGCGAAUAUUAUUCGAGUGCGAGAUAAGAUGGGAAAUUUGCCGAUUUUGUAUCUGCCCAGCCAUCGGAGUUACUGUGAUUUUAUUUUAAUGUCGUAUAUUUGCUUCAAAUAUGAUAUUGAGAUUCCUGGUAUAGCUGCUGGAAUGGAUUUUUACUCAAUGGUGGGAAUGGGGAGUUUCCUUCGAAAAACCGGUGCGUUCUACAUGCGGCGUUCAUUUUCCGGGGACGACCUCUACUGGGAGAUCUUUCGUGAAUAUAUGCAUGCUCUAGUCAUCGAUUACCAUAUUGGUAUUGAAUUUUUCAUUGAGGGAACAAGGAGCAGAAACUUCAAAGCUCUGGUGCCAAAGGUCGGUUUACUAUCUAUGGCUCUCGAGCCGUUAUUCAUGGGUCAGGUGCCUGAUAUAAUGGUAGUCCCAGUCAGCGUGUCAUAUGAUAAAGUCUUGGAAGAACAAUUGUUUGUUACUGAGCUGCUGGGCGUACCUAAGCCAAAAGAAUCGACGAAGGGGUUCCUUAGAGCCCUGAAAAAACUUGAUCAGAAAUUCGGGCGCAUGUAUGUGGACUUUGGUGAACCGAUUUCGGCAAAAAACUUCUUUGGUAGCAAUUUGGAUAGGAUACGACACUCUAAUGUUGCGCCCUAUCUACAGAAAUUAAGCAAAAAUGAAAUAGCACUUAUAAAGGAGUUAGGAUUCGAGGUCGUGCAAAAACAGCAAGAACGAAUUGUUAUCACCACAUUCAACCUAAUUGCGUACUUUUAUUCCUACAAUGUGUUUUUGAAUACACGUCUUAGCUUAGAGCAACUGUGCAACGGCGUUUUGAUACUGAAAAACAUUUUCGAUCGCCUUGGUGCCCAUGUGGCCGCAAAAGAGAAAAGUAUUAACAUGGACGUCAUUGAAUCAAUUGAAAUACAUUCCAACAUUCUACACUUUCCCACGGCCGGUUCAAAUCUCGAAUUGGUGCGGCCGACAAUACAACUGAACGAUGUCAAUUUGAAAACGUUAAAGGGGCAUUACCUAAAUGCUCAUGCUAUGCAGCUGGCAGUUUCGACUGUAAGUUUGCAGAUAUAUAUAAAUCCAUGCAUGUUUUGGGUAUCUGGCCCAGCUCUCAUGAUCCUUGCCGCUUUAAAACUAUCAAAUGAGACUAGUGGUAAGGCUUUUCAAAAGGACGAACUUCGAUUAAGAAUUAUUGAGCUCAAUGAAAUUUUUGCUGUGGAAUUUGUCAUAAUUAAGUCACGGGAGGAGUUGGAAUUCAUCAGAAAUCUCGAAACACUCUCACAGCUAAGAGUCAUGCAGAUAAGCGAUAAGAUACUAUUCACACGCAAUGAAACAGCUGAUAUUUUACUAAGUUCUCUGGUGCCAUUCCUUUGUUGUUAUUUCCAAGUAAUCGAGACAAUUUUAGAAAAGUGUGCUGAUCAAGACUUCAAUGAAAAAGAUUUACUGGUAGCCGUUCAGCAGAGAAUCGAGGCAGCAUUAACAGCGCGACCAAAAUACAUUCAUCCAUACUGCCUGUCACUGGACAACAUAAAGUCAGCACUAGCAUCAUUCACCCAAAACUCCUUCGUGCAGCAGGAGAAAAAGGCCAACGCUACUAAAUAUCGAUGCCACCAAACUAAACUGUUAAGUUUACGUAAUAAUUUCCUGCAAUAUUUGCAGCUUUUGCCAUUCACCAUCAACGAAUAUUGCUAUAUUAUAUCCAAGCUUUAAUUCGUUGUUUUGUUUUUGUUAAUGAAGUUUUCUAUUUAUAAAGUCCUUUAAGCAAAUUUUAGUUUUGCCUGUGUGUUUAUGCUCGAUUGGAAAUGUACCUAUUAUUGCGUAUUGAAUAAGAUAGUAUUGUAUGCGUAGAGUGUAUGGUUAAGUAGGUAUUAAAAGGUCAAAAUAUAUAUAGUAAUUUUUACCAGCAAAACAAAAA